GAGCGAAGUCUCUGAUAGAGAACUCUGAAGUAUUUUGAAAAUUAUUUUGGAAAUCAGAGAAAUUAAGUUGUGCUUCUGCUUCCCGAAGAGGCAAAAACUAGAUCAAAUAACACAUGUGGCUUAUAAAAGGUUAGAGAUCCAUACAGAGGUUUGAAAAAAGAAGAAGAAGAAAAUAAAAAGAUGAUAUUUCCUUAUAUCUCCAUUAAUCUUUUCCAUCGGAGGACACGCGCAUGCGUGUUGCAUGGAAAACUGCGUGGCAGUGGAACUACUGUCAACAACAGUAGUCUGCUAGAUGGCUGCGAUCUGUCAAACUGUCAAAUGUCAAUAAAUUUUCACGAAUAAUUCACAUAUAAAAAAUUUUAAUAAGAUUUGUCAAUGGCGGCGAUCGAUAAAGUUAAAAUUAUCGUAGUAGGUGACUCAGGAGUCGGCAAAACAUCACUGACACACUUAAUAUGCCAACAGCAACCUAUCGGCAAUCCUGCUUGGACAAUAGGUUGUUCCAUAGAAGUCAAAUUACACGAAUACAAGGAAGGUACACCAAAUCAAAGAAGAUACUUUGUCGAGCUAUGGGAUGUCGGUGGCAGCCAAAGUCACAAAAACACAAGAUCUGUAUUUUACAAUCCCACAAAUGGCAUAAUAUUAGUCCACGAUUUAACGAAUCGUAAAUCACAGCAGAAUCUGCAAAAAUGGCUGGAGGAGGUUUUAAGUAAAGAUGGGACUUCCUCAAAAUCCAAGUUCGAGGAUUUUGAUCCUGAGAAGUUUGUGGGAUCGACGCAGAUUCCAAUUUUAGUCAUUGGUACGAAAUUUGAUCUGAUCUCGGACUCUAAUUUCGUAAAAUCCAACAUACACAGACGUUCCGCAACCAUCGCAGAGGAAUGUGGUGCCGACGAAAUAUUUUUGGAUUGCCAUCAGAUAAGAUCUUUGGCAGCAGGCUCCAGUUCAUCCGUGAAGCUCAGUAGAUUCUUCGAUAAAGUUAUCGAAAGACGUUACUAUUCCUCCAAAGAAGCGAUCAGUCCUGAUAAACGAAGGCCGCCACUAUAUACUUCUUCGAUCUAUCCAAAGUUUUAUCAUAAUGACUGAAUGCCAAGAGUGCCACUGAGAAUUCAAGAGAUUUCAAUCUUAUUUCUUGUUAUACAGAACAAUUAUUCUUGUGACAUGAAGUGUUAUAGGAUUACGCGAAUUAAGUAUUGCAAGACUAUCGAUCUCGCAUUUCUUAUCCACAUUCCUAAUUUUCCCACGGAAGUAUCUUGUCAGAUGUGUUCAAAAG